AUGUCGGCAAGUUCGCACAUUACUAUCAAGUGCUUGCUCGAAGCAGUGGGCCACAUUGUCACCGUCGAAGUUAAAGGAGGCACGACUUACAGAGGCAAGCUGGUGGAUGCAGAGGAUUCGAUGAACAUUUGCAUGGCGGAAGUGACUGCCACUGCUAGGGAUGGAAAGCAGAGCAAGCUGCAAACAUGCUACUUGAGAGGCUCUCUUAUCAGGUGAGUCUUGGCUACAUCGCUCGAAGCGGUGGCGAUGCAGGGAGGCAGGGGCGAUGUACCCCUUAGAGGGAGCAGGUCUGCAUACAUCCACCCGUGGCGCUGGAGGGCGUCAAGAUCGAUCAGCGCACGCUUUUGCGGGCGUCCUCAAACCCCAGCUCGCGCUUCUUUGUAUCGCUCGUAGCCCAGCAAGGCGAUUGCGGUGUCUUCACAUUUGCUUUCUGGGAAAGAGGGAAGGUCUUGCACGCUGUUCCACACAGCACGUUUUCUCGUGAUUUCCAAAGCUAAAGCACACGCACUCUACAAUUUGUGCAGAUUCGUCGUCGUUCCCGACCUCCUUAGAGCAGCAGUGAGUCCGUGCUUGGGCGAUACGAGGAUUACUCAGUCAAGGUGCUGACUUCUUCUGCACUGCUUCACAGCCCUUCUUAGCGCGCGGUAUGGGUCCAAACGCGAUGCGUGGCAAGGGUGUCGGCGCAGCUCGUGGCCGUGCCGUGCUACUCAGAGGUAAGUGGCUAUCGCCAUACUCUUUACGUGCUCAUCACUCGGUACUCACACACUCCUGAUCCUGUCGCCAGCACAACAACGCCGCGGACGUGGUGCAGGACCUCCUCGAUCCCAGGGGAUUCGCCGAUGA